GUCGACAUCUUAAGCAGUCGUGGUCGCGUAGCCGAGUUGUGAACAACCUAUAGUACAAAAUAACGUACAAAUAUUUUUUUUAUAGCAGUGAGUUGGUGAACAAAUCUUUUGUUUUUGUGACAGUGCCUUAAGUGCAGUGAAACGGAUUUUAAUGGAACGGUCUUUUAAGUCAACUGUAAAGAUUAACAGAAUUUAAAAUAUCAGACCAAGACCAAAUAAAGCAAUUACCCACUUCCUUUAAAAAAGAUUUAAAUAAAUCCUCCUUUCUGCUCUUGUUUUCUGUUUACAGAUUAUUUUAUUCUGUUAAUCUUUAAUGGUAUAAUUUAAACAGUAUACGGGAACAAGUGUGAAAAUACAAUAAAAUAAACAGUGCCUUAUUAGAAUGUUUAUUUAAAAACAAACGAAGGGAAAUAUAAUCAGAGACGACGGCGACAAAAUGCCAAAAAACUUGUUGCUUUUCAAAAAGUUAAUACCUGAAUUAAACUUCGCGAAAAGAAAUCUAACAUCGCCGCUCGGCCGGAACAUAUAUAUCAGCUAAAACAGUGCAACAUAGUUGACACUAGUGCCAUAGUUUUUUUCGAAGAAAGAAAUUUAUGGUCUCACUUUGCCUUACGACAUAGUCGGUUUGAACACCUUUGGAAAGUGACAUUGAGCCAUGAGAAUACGAUUCGCCUGGCCAAAGAUCACUUAAUUUGAAAAUUUAAAAAAACGAAGAUGAACAAUAAUCAGUUCCAUGAGCUGUUCGGGUCUCAGUGGCCCCCGGACCAGCACGGAGGACACUCGUCGGCCUCGACGAUGCUGCAUCAGCAAGGGUUGCCCCAAGGGAUGCAGCUGAAGCGGGAGCCGCAUGAGGUCCAAGGAAUGCACAUGGGCAUGGAUAUAACGUCAGGGUCCGUAGCUGACAGCACCUCCCCUCCCCCCAACAGCGAGGGGAUGUUUGGGUCAUCGAUCUCCGGAAUGUUCAUGGACAAGAAAUCUGCCAACUCUAUAAGAGCCCAAAUUGAGAUAAUACCAUGCAAGGUAUGCGGAGACAAAUCAUCAGGGGUCCACUACGGUGUCAUCACCUGCGAGGGCUGCAAAGGAUUCUUCAGGCGCUCACAAAGUACAGUGGUGAACUACCAGUGCCCGCGUAACAAGGCGUGUGUGGUGGACCGCGUCAAUCGCAACAGAUGUCAAUACUGUCGCCUUCAGAAAUGCUUGAAGCUCGGCAUGAGUCGUGAUGCUGUCAAAUUUGGUCGUAUGUCAAAAAAGCAGCGGGAAAAAGUACAAGAGGAAGUGAAAGCGGUGCAACUUCGCACUCAAAUUGAAGCAGCUCCAGACUCAGUGUAUGACUCACAAAGACAAACGCCCAGCUCCAGCGAUCAAUUCCAUGGACAUUAUAAUGGCUAUCCGGGCUACGGAUCACCUCUUUCAUCAUAUGGUUACAACAACACAGCGCCAACGCUAACGUCAAAUAUGAGCGGUUUGCACCAACAACCACAGCAACAGUACGACGUGUCAGCCGACUACGUUGACUCAACGACGUAUGAACCGAAACAGACGGCUGGCUUUCUUGAAACAGACUUUAUUGGGAACGCGGAAGGCGAUCUAAGCAAGAUGUUGGUGAAGAGCUUAGCCGAAGCUCACGCAAACACAAAUCCAAAACUUGAAUACAUCCAUGAGAUGUUCAGAAAGCCACCAGACGUGCCUAAACUAUUAUUCUACAAUUCAAUGACAUACGAGGAGAUGUGGCUGGACUGCGCGGACAAACUGACAGCCAUGAUACAAAAUAUCAUUGAAUUUGCAAAACUCAUUCCUGGUUUCAUGAAACUCAGCCAAGAUGACCAAAUCCUACUUCUUAAGUCAGGAUCAUUUGAGUUGGCGAUUGUCCGCCUGUCGCGAUUGAUUGAUAUCAACAGGGAGCAAGUUUUAUAUGGAGACGUCGUUCUGCCUAUAAGGGAAUGCGUACACGCACGUGAUCCUCGUGACAUGGCGCUAGUGUCGGGUAUAUUUGACGUGGCGAAGUCGAUCGCAAGACUGAAGCUCACCGAAACCGAGUUGGCUCUAUACCAGAGUCUAGUACUGCUGUGGCCAGAAAGACACAACGUCCGCGGCAACUCAGAGAUCCAAUGCCUGUUCAACAUGUCAAUGACGGCCAUGCGCCAUGAGAUCGAGACAAAUCACGCGCCGAUCAAGGGUGACGUCACAGUUCUCGACACAUUGCUGGCUAAGAUACCCACCUUCAGAGAACUAUCGCUGAUGCACUUGGAGGCUCUAUGUCGCUUCAAGGCCGCGCACCCACAUCACUCGUUCCCAGCGCUUUACAAGGAACUGUUCUCACUAGACAAUGUGCUCGACUACACGCACCAAUAAUAAAGAUCUCAAAUAAUGAGACUCAAAGACUUGGUUCAUUCAUUUUUCACUUUCAUUUCGCCCAAACUGAUGGCCCCGAACACAAUUGUUAACCUAUUUAUACAUUGUAUGUAUGUACAUUGAGACUGUUACAAUGCUAUUUACGUACGUACGUAUAUAUAUAAAUGUUUAUUUAAUUUGUAUCUAAGCGUGCGCGGGCGCCGUCAGUUUUACAUUUAUUAUUAAGAUUCGUAAUAAAUGUAAUGGCUUUACGGACUCGUCUACAAAUGCGCGAUUUUUUUUCGCGUAUCAUGGAGAUAUCAUGAUGUAUCUAACAUGAUAAAAUAAUUAUAUAAAGAUAUAAAAAUAGAAAUAGAGUUUUUAUUAAGAAAUAAAUACAGAAGUUAUGUAGCGGAAUAAUGAUCACACAACGGUUUUGUUUAGCGAAACGUUUUCAUAGGUUUUAUAAUUAUUUCAACAUUUAUGCUAACUUGUUAUUUAUUUCAAAUGAUUAUUAAUAUUGACGUUUUUUAUUUCGAUUUAAGAUCGGUUAUGUAAUAUAAGAAUACAGAUACUGCCCGAUUUUUUGUAGUCUUUUUCUUUGGCUUUUUAUUGAAGGUGUCGAACACAAAAGCGAAGAAAAAUUAAUGAAUAUUAUUAAAAAAUAUAAUUAAUAAGUUGCGUAUUGAACAAAAUCAGGCGAGCAAUUGUAUUAUAUUAUUAUUAGAAAACUCAAAUCUUAUUAUGGCGGGACGAUAAAGCAUUUUAUUUAUACGUUAAUAAAUUAUUUUCAAUUAUUUAAAACGAUGAGUAAUAAUGUAUCAGGUUUUUUGACACCCAAAAUCGCCUAUAAUAAGAUUUGAUUUAUUAAAUUAACAACUGUACCCUCAAAUGUUUUGAGAUGUUUAGCAGGCAAUUUUUGUUUCCUGGAAUGAUUUUGAUCUCAUUUUAAGCACUUUUCUUCGCUUGGGUGCCAUGUUCGGUUUUUUUUAUCAUAAUAAUGAUGCACAGAAAACGCAUAAUAAUUUAUAUUUAAUUUUUUUUAUUUUACAUUUAAAGUUUAUUGACUUGUAUACGUAAGCCGUUCGCUAUUUACUGAUGACGUAAUUUUUGGUUUUGAAAAUAUAAAUUGCCUGCUAUAUUAUUAAGAAUUAUUAAUAAUUAUCAAUUUUUCUAACACUACUCUAAGUUUCGUGAAAUAGCCUUUACUAUAGACUGGUUUAUAUUAAUGUUAAAUCUUAUAAAACUUAACACGUAUUUUGUAAAUAGUUAUUAAUCAUAUGUAUUUUAUAUUAAAUGUCAUAUAAGGUUCGAUGGGUUAUUUUUAAUUUUUACAUUCUAUUAAAAAAUAUAUAAAAACAAAUUUUCCACAGUACAUCGGGAUCGCUAUCUUGACGAAUCAUGUGAAAAUGUUGUUUUUACUUUCUAUAUAUUAUAUAUUUUUUGUUAAUAAAGCAAUCUGUUAUUGUCUAUUCAUUUUGUUUUAUUUUUCAUUUUCGUUGAAUAAAAAUAUAUUUAUUUUUAUUUUUGGUUUUUUUAUUUUAAUUUUAGUUACCACAUUUUGUUUACUUCUUCAUAUAAUAGAAUUAAUCAUGCAUACAUAGUGAGAACAUAAUAUAGAAUAAAAAUAUACGGGUGAUUCAAGUAUUAUUUUAAAAAUACUAUUGCUAAUUUGUUGUUUUUGA